AUGACCAAUUUUCCCUGUAACAUCUGCAAAAAAAAUGUUAAUAAUAACCACCGAGCAAUUCAAUGCGAUAUUUGUAACCACUGGAUUCAUAUAAAAUGUAACAACUUAGAUAAUACCAGUUAUAAUUUACUAAAACAGUCCACAACACCAUGGUUUUGUAUUGAUUGCACAGCUAAAACACUACCUUUUCAAAAUCUAAAUAAUGAUCAAUUUUUUCUCAAUUCAAAAAACAUAAAUUUUAAAUGUAACACAUCUUCUCAACUUAAUAUAACACCUUCAGAAAAUAUCGAGGCUCUUCUAAAAGAAUUUAACAAUUUGUCAUCCAACAUGAAUAAAGCUAAUGAUGAUGAUAAUCCAACCAUUAAUUGUCAAUAUUAUGAUAUCAAUGACUUCUGUUCGUCAAAAUUUAAAUCUGAAAAUUUCUUCUCUAUUUUCCAUCUGAAUAUAGCUUCUUUAUCUAGACAUAAACACGAUCUUGAGACCUUAUUAAAUAUCUUAAAUUUUGAUUUUAGCAUUUUAGCUAUUACUGAAACAAAAAUUAUGAAAAAUUUGAAUCCAAACUACGAUAUUAAUCUAGAAGGCUAUCAACUAUUCCACACUCCCACUGAAUCCAGUGCAGGAGGGACAUUAUUAUAUGUACGCAAUCACUUUAAUUGUAAGAUUCGAGAUGAUCUGAAUAUAUACAAAUCUAAAGAAUUAGAAUCUAUAUUUAUUGAAAUAAUUAGUCCUCGUAAAAAAAAUACAAUUGUAGGCUGUGUGUACAAACAUCCGGGAAUGUCAAUUGAUGAUUUUAACUCUAACUAUUUUCAACCAAUAAUUAACAAAACUAUGAAUGAAGACAAAAGUGUUUUUAUAUCCGGUGAUUUUAAUAUAAAUUUACUCAACAUCAGUAAAGACGACCAAAGUUCAGAUUUCAUUAAUAAUUUGUUUUCAAAUCUCUGUAUACCACAUAUUACACUACCAACAAGAAUAACACCAAGAUCUAAAACGCUAAUUGAUAACAUAUUUUCGAACUGUCUUGAAUUUUCCAAUUGUGUCUCAGGAAACCUAACUUCAUCCAUAUCUGAUCAUUUACCUCAAUUUUUAUUGGUUCCAAAUUUGAACAUAAAAUCCAAUUCUAAAAAACAAAAUAUUUAUAAAAGAAACUAUUCAAAAUUCAACGAAGAAGCAUUUCUACUUGACCUAACUAAAAUUAAUUGGGAUAAUGAAAUUUCUCUGAGUAAAAAUGAUCCUAAUUAUUCAUUUGAUAAAUUUAAUCAUGCAAUAAACCAAUUAUUAGAUAAGCAUAUACCUUUAAAGAAGAUGUCAAAAAAACAAUACAAGCAACAAUCUAAACCAUGGAUUACAAAAGGAAUAUCCUAA